AAUUUCUUUAUAUACUCCCAGACUCAGCGGCACCCAGCAGGCUCUCCCGGUGCCAAGUCGAGGUGGUGCCACUGCUGGUGCCACUUCCGCUGAGCAGACGGUGCCUUCCUGCUUCCUCCUCCUCCUCCUGGGUUUAAUGUUGCCUUUCGUGUGAAGCUGUCGAGUGCGGGUUAAGUUAUCAGUGCUUUGGGUUAUGAAGAUGCUUCAUGUUAUUGUGAUUGAUGGUUAUUGAUCCAAACAGAUCAACCAUGACAACCGAGCGCAGGCUUCUUCGUUUGGCAACGUACAUGUGCCCAAGUCUCCCGGUGGAGUAUUAUGAAUUCCUGGCAGACUAUCUAGAAACGGAACUCAACCUGAGAACAAUACUUCUCUACGACUCUCGGAGGCCAGGACCGGACAGCCAGCGAGGGGAUGACGAGAGGGUUGACAUGGCAUUUGUACGAACUUCAACUUACAUAGAUAAGUUUCGGUCUUCCAAUACGUUCAAGUUGCUUCCCGCAAGUGCUGCAACAAAACAUCCCGUGAAAGGAGAAGUCCACGGUUACUUUGCAGACAUCGUUGUUCAUAGGGAUGUCAGAGAUAGAGUUAAGGAAUUCCUAGAUCUGCGAGGUUGCAAGUAUGCAUAUGCGAGUGAAAAUUCUAUCAGCAGUGCCAGACAAGUUCUUCUUACCCUGAAGCAGAUGGGAGAAAAUGCGUCAUUCUUUUCUGAUAUUCAGGCAUCAGGUAACCACAUGAAUUCGCUGGAGAUGGUAGUAGCAAAAAAAGCUGAGGCAGCGGCCGUGGAUUCCAUCGCCCUAACCAACUACCUGAGCCGCUUUUAUUACCAGGGGCCAGAGCUGCAUCUUCAGGAGUCUUGGGGCCCUCUGCCUCCUCAUCCUAUUCUGGUUAACACAAAGCUGCCAGAUGAAAUACAAGGCCAGAUUGAAAGGGCUUUACUGGAAUUGCACAAUAAACCAGAGUGGGCGAAGCAGCUUGCCGCAUUUGGAAUCACAAGAUUUUGCAAGACAUCAUCCGAUAAUUACUUCCAGGCCAUAGAACUGAUGGAAAAUACCAAGUCUCUUUCAUUAGGCGUUACCUAUUACUGAAAGUCUUCCAAUAGGUUUUAAGCUGCAAGAUAAAAGAAUAUUUUGAUAUGAUUUUCUGCUCCAUUUUGAUAUUAUUAUUGCAGCCAUUUGAUAGCAUUUUAAAAAUAUUUAUGUAUUGACUAUAAAAAAUAUACAUAUAGAUGACAUGAACACAGCCACAAUAAAAAAAAGGAAUGAUAAAUUGCAAUAUUUCGAAUCAGACCAAACUUACACAAGGAAUAAACAUACACUUUGGCUUUAUUGUCCAAUGAGUCUAAGUGUAACUUGGAAUGUCACGCCAAUACUUAUAUUUGUAUAGUAUACAUUUUUGUAUCUUUUAUAUCAUAGUUCUUUAUUUUUGGCAAGUAGUAAAUGUUCCAAAAGAAAAUUUUAAGUAAUAUAAUGCCACUAUUAAAAGACUGAGUCAUUUGUCAUAAAGGAUUGUCAUGUUAACUUGCAUUGUUUGUCCAGAUAAGAAAAAUCUUUUAAUAAA